AUGAAGAACGGCGUAAAAGGGUUGAUUAGAACUGUUAGCGGCGUCACCCCUGACGGUGCCAUUCCUCAUACUGGUGACAGACUUAGUCAACUAAAAAGUGUUCUAUCAACUCAAUCGCCCACAACUAAGCCAACGAAAGAGAACUUCACAAACAUGUCACAGAAAUUUCAGAACUACCUUAAUCCCAUAACAGACUACAUCAGCAGGCAACUCAUCCCGAAAUCCGCCACCACUAGAACUUCAACUCCGGCGUCGCCAACGCAACAACAAGAUGAUGCCCCCAAACCACAACCUGCCGGCCGCGUCGGAUAUUCUGGCCCAGUUGCCACCGCAACCACGUCCGCACCUAAAGAUCCCAUUGCGGAACACUUGGAUAGACUUAAUUACUAUGUUAAAGGAAUAUUUGACAUAAUUUCCGCUGGCUACUUCGGUAGAUCCUUCGCAACCAAACUAGACGAUCUAAACAAGUUCCUCAGCUCCAUGCGCCCCUCAAACUUCGCAGGUAUUGGCAGUCCACUAUUCGACAUUCUCAGCCGCGGCAUCCGGUCUCUGACUCAUGAACUUAAUAAGGCGUAUAUAUCGGUGUAUGAUACCGCGGCGUAUACGUUUAACUGGGACGUCAAUAGCAGGAACUGCGCCAAAGCCUUCCUCACCCUGCUUGAGACGCUAGUUGGAGACUUAAAGACGCUGAGAGAGAAAUGUGAAGUACAAUGGAAUGGCAAACAAAUACAUCGUAUUAGUGGUCUCGGUUCGUUUUUAACCGGUUGUGGUUACAAAGUGGCCAAGGAUGAUAAAUCUCAAGAUGGCGAGUUGAGGCGUCAUGAAGGCAUGAUAGGCAACCAUAUACUGAAUAACCUAAAAAGGAAACUUCAAAACACGGAUGAUAUUAAACAGCAUUUCGAGAAAUGUGAAUCAAACAAAGAAGACGAGGACGGUAAGAAGAAGAAAAAAGAUAACUUCCACGUCCUCGACGUUCUCAACUGCCUCCAUCACCACCUCGAAACGUACUACACCGUUGGUCACAUGGCAACUUUCACCGCUAAACGUAAUCCAUGUUCCGUGUACGAGAUGCUUGUUUGGUGCGCUGGUUUGCAUUAUAAUGACGUGCGUUCAAAGAUGGUAAGCGAGACGAUCACUGAGCUCUUCGAAGAUCCUGAGAAAGGAAACGCCGAGGACGAGAUCAUUAUGAUGCAAGUUGACAGAAACUUCAUUGAUGCAGCGCCUCACGCCAUAAACUAUCAAGGCAUUGUCACGUCGCUUGACGAUCUGUGCGCGCAAUCGUAUGACGUCUUGACCAGAGUCCUGGGCACCGGAGACGCAGAGACCACGUACGCCAGCGACUAUUGCAACAACUCGCAUAAUUUCUAUUAUCCGCAGAAAGGCGACGAUUGCCUCGACAUGUUGCUCGACAUAUUACGCAGGAUGUUCCCGCCGCUGAAAUUCCUGAUGCACCAGUGCAGUUACCCUACGGUUAUCCAUGGCUGGUCCAGCUGCCAGUACGGCAAGGACGUCUCAUCAGCAAAGUGGCCAUGUAAGGGGCAUCCAAAAGACAAAGCAAAUGACCAACCAAAUGAUGAACCAACGUGCCAACCAAAAUCGCCACUUCAAUCCUACCUAAACGACUCUCUCGCCGGCUUGUUACCGCAUUCCCUAAGUGGCAUCGGGUGCAGGCCCAAAUGCGCUAAUUGUCCAGGCAAUAAACCCGGGAUGCAGUGCCUGACGCCGCUCGGAUUUAGAGGCUUUUCUGGGAAAACGAGGACAGGCAGAGACAUAUGCGACGUGCUGGAAAAAUACUUCACCAACACGUAUCAUACAUCGCUAUUCAGUCUCGUGCCCAGGCCACCCUCAACGCUUGCGGAGCAUCACAGCUUCGUGUUGUCGCUAAUGAGGGGUAUUAAUGCUGAGCAACGCAAGCAAAAUCAUGGCAUCGUAACAUUGAGUGCAGCAUUUGAAUCAUCCAUUUCCAAGCUUACUAUCGAGCUGUAUAAGGACACCGGUACACUUACAGAAGCGCUUAGAAAGGCAUACGGUACAGUCACGCAUAAGCAUCAAGCAAAGGACCAUCUAGGUCCGUUCGCCGACUUGAGAAGCUUGUCUAUGAAUAUGCCAUGUACCGAAGCGGACGCACGCUGCGCUCCUUAUAUGUCAUCGCUUGCCUACGACAGCUAUUACUACAUGACCAACAAAAAUACUGACACCUACCUCUCAUGGGUAACAUACUUACCGUGGACGUUUUGGAACCUGCUUAACAGCUUGUACAAUUCAUUCUGUGCUAUCAAUUGCCAAGAUUGGGGAUGUCGCGGUUGCUUGCGGGGCGAUGUCUGUAAGAAGGGAUCUCACGGUGUUGUUGAUAAGAACAAACCAAACGCUGUUUGCAAAUGCGAUUCGAUAGUCCAAUGCAAGGGUGUCUCCGCAACCUUGUACCAAUACGGUUUAUGCUUCGGUGAACCAUACACUCUGAAUGAGGGUAAGACUAUGAAGAAAUGCUCCGACUUCUGCACUCAACUGAGCAACGUUCUUAAUUCAACAUAUUUCCAGAACCUUUUCAACAAAUGUGAUGAUUUCAUAUUCACCAUCCGCGCACCUUUCUUGUGGAUGACCGUGGCACUUUGGUCACUAUCCCUCUUCUACCUCAUCUGCGUGAUGGUUGGCAGACUGGAUGUGCUUCACAUACGCUCGCACCUGAGGAUACCGUCGUCGCACAAGAUUACGGCGCAGUCGUUGUUGGCAGCAGCGCAAGUCGGAAGGCUUGCCAAGAUAUCGUAUCUACAACCGUAA